AUGCCUGCCGUAACCCUCGACUACGAGCCGCCCAACAGAAGCAACAAUAACAACCGCGUCGACGGUGUAAACGGUGUGCGGCAGCGGAACCGAGCACGGCCGAGCCGCAACCCCAAGACGAGCGACGAGCCCGACAGCGAGCCCAGCGACGCGGAGACGCCGACCGGGCACAUGCCGUCCGACCAGCAGCAGCCGCGCCAGCGGACUGCGAACGGCACCACAAAUGGCACCACAAAUGGCACCACAAACGGCACAACGCCCGCAGCACCGCCAACGCAAGAGGCACACAAAGGCAUCCGCUUUGCGCCGCUGCGGGUGCCGCUGCGGCGCCGCAAGCAGACGCUGGCCGUGCUCAUCCACUGCUCGUGCCUCAUGAUGGCCAUCCCGCUCUUCUUCUUCUGCUGCGCCGUGCCGCUGGCCUGGCCCCUCAUCGUCCCCUACUUCCUCAUGAUUGUCGUCUCCAGCGCGUCCACCAACGGCCGCCUGCGCUGGCGCUCGGAGCGGUUCCGCAGCCUGCCCAUCUGGACCUGGUUCGCCGACUACUUCCCGGCCCAGCUGCACAAGACGGCCGACCUGCCGGCCGACCGCAAGUACAUUUUCGGCUACCACCCGCACGGCAUCAUCUCGCACGGCGCCUGGGUGGCCUUUGGCACCAACGCCCUCGGCUUCCGCGACAAGUACCCAGGCAUCACCAACGCGCUGCUGACGCUCGACUCCAACUUCAACAUUCCCUUUUACCGCGAGUACCUGCUGAUGGCCGGCAUGUGCUCCGUCGCCCGCGAGUCCAUCAUCAACCUCCUGAGCCGCGGCGGGCCCGACGGCCACGGCCAGGGCCGCGCCGUCACCAUUGUCAUUGGCGGCGCCCGCGAGUCGCUGCAGGCGAACCCCGGCACGCUGCGCCUCGUCCUGCACGGCCGCGCGGGCUUCAUCAAGGUGGCCAUGGCGACGGGCGCCGACCUGGUGCCCGUGCUGGGCUUCGGCGAGGUCGACCUGUACACGCAGCUGCAGGGCGACGACCACCCGCUGCUGCACCGCUUCCAGAUGCACGUGCUCAAGGUCUGGAAGUUUACGCUGCCCUUUAUGCGCGGCCGCGGCAUCUUCAACUACGACUACGGCCUGAUGCCGUACCGGCACCCGCUCAACAUUGUGGUCGGCCGGCCCAUCCCCGUGACCAAGGCCGCCAGCGACACGCUCGACCCGGCCGAAGUCGACCGCCUGCACGGUCUGUACUGCGACGAGCUGCAGCGCCUCUGGGACACCUACAAGGAUGAGUAUGCCAAGGACCGCGUCGAGGAGAUGCAGAUUCUGCCAUAG